AUGUAUAACCGCGAGUCCCGGAUCAUGCGCAAGUUGCUGGGAAAGCCUGCGCAUGAUGCUUCCGUUGGCGAUGCGACCGUCGCCAGCUCUGCUACCGCGACCCCCACGAACUAUCGGCCGGUCAAAUCGCAAAAUGCUGUGCAUCCAGUGGCCGCGCCAGUAUCCUGCCUGGAUGUUUCCUCGGACGGGCGCGCCGCGGUGCUAGGUGGACCGCACAUACUCAAAACAUUGGUACUCGACAACGUGGGAAGCCCCGGCUUCAGUUUUAGCGACGGGGUUGAUAUUAGGGCGUCAAUUACAUCGCAGAAACUCUCUGGAAACAGAGCAAACGUCGUGGCUGAUCAGCUCAACAUUCGCGACGUCAAAUGGCACGAGAAUGGCACAGUCUUUACGGCAUGCGCCACCGGGCGCAUAUUUGGCUACGACCUAUCUCGAAUCGAUGCCGGUGGUUCUGACCCUCUCGAAUAUAUACAAAUGCAGGAGGACAGUCGUCAAAUAAACACAUUGGACGUCAAUCCGCACUUGAAGAGUUGGCUGCUGGCAGGCAGUCAAGAUGGUAUAGCACGCGUCUUUGAUGUCUCUGCGCCAGCUGCUACACGAUCGGGUAUACUUACAUUUCGACAACGGUUCUCGCCCUUGAAAAACAAUGAGUCAAUUAGGAAAGUAAUGUGGUCGCCCCGGGUCGGACAUGAGAUGGCCUGCUGCACAGAGGGCGGUGUCGUUCUGAAGUGGGAUGUCCGCCAACCGUCACGACCGGUACUGAGGAUCAAUGCUCAUGAAAAAUCAUGCUUGACGAUGGCAUGGCAUCCUGACGGAAUCCACCUCAUAAGUGCAGGAUGGGACUCGAAACUUCAUGUUUGGGACUUGGGCGCGUCCGGCGAUAAGCGGCAAAAACCAAAAUGGACCAUCACGACUCCAGCGCCAGUAUCGUGUCUUUCUUGGCGACCGGGUCUCUGGUCUGCCACGGCACAAACCAGACGUGUUGCUCAAGUCGCAGUGAGCUAUGAUGAAAGCAGCAACAGACGCUAUGGUGCUUCCGUCGUCCACAUUUGGGACCUGGCCCGUCCGACAAUGCCAUACAAAGAAAUCGAACGCUUUGAUUCCUCGCCAUCUGCUAUGCUUUGGAGAGACCAGGACAUGCUCUGGACUGUCGCUCAAGAUGGUCUAUUCAACCAGUGUGAUGUGGCAUAUGCGCCAAAGUGCAUCGACAGACUGUCUACAUCGGCAACGGCCUUUUCACCGCAGGGCGACGUUGUCAUGUUCUUGGAUGAGCGUGCACAGCAGAGCCGUCUACGCCCGAUCAUGCACCACAGCGAAACACCGUCUCGCCCGACAUAUAGCUCUAGUCCCAACGCCUAUUUGCUCAGCGGAAGCAAAAGCGAUUCUGAAGAAGACGUCUUGGGGACAUUUAUCGGGCCCCGGCGCAAAUUGGCCCAUCGACAGCGGCCGAGCGGCCGGUCAGGGCAGCCUCUGAGUACGACACCUCCAUCCAGUAACAACUUUUCCGAUGAAGGCAAAAAGCUACUGGGCCUUGAUCUGUCUAUUGGCGUUACUGGCAUGUUCAAGUCACCACAAGUUAUGUCUUCGGGCAGGUUGCCAGCAUCAACCAAAGUUCCAGUUUAUCAGUAUCUGACUGCAAGCUAUCUCGAGAUACUUGAGCGCGUUCUACCAAAUGCGGACAGCAAGGCCACUCUAGCUGAACGAGUAGGUGUAGCCUUGGAGCAGUUCUCGAAAAUCUCUGAAAACGUACGCUUGUACAGACUAUCUCAGUCCUGGCGCGUUAUCGCCUUUGCCAUGGAUCUUCUGCUCAAAAAGAGAGCAAAAUAUCAUUCAGAGGCAAGGUCGUCCCGGUUUCAAAAGAUAUCAGUGGAUGGGGGUAAAACAGCAAGCUCUCUAAAGCCGCCCGAAAUCUAUGGUGCUAGCUACAAUGGCGAAGAGACACCACGCAGACCGUCAGCCCAUACCGGCAGCAUAGAUAGUAAGCUCCAUGCUGUGCGGUCGCUUCUAUCAGAGGAGAUUGAGAGUACAUCUAAUGUGCCGACACCCAUUGUGCGGCCGGCUGAUGCAACGCACAACAAGGAAUGGGAAACAGGACAUUACCAACAUGGAAAGAAACUAACACCCAUCAUUGAGCCAGAGAGUUUCGACCUUGGCCCUGCCGUACAUGCUUACAAGGAUGCGGCAUAUUCACAAGGUAGCUCCCAAGCUAUAUCGGAUAACAACCGAGAAAGUGAGCCUUCCGAAGUAUCAAUAACUGAAGGCUAUGACUUUUACGAUACCGACGCUCUUUCGAAAGCUAUUGACGUUCCGGAACCAAAGACAAAGGAUGCGGCUGACCGACGCAUUUCGCGAAUCAAGCCCGCGCGUCAUGACUCAGAGGAUAGCAUGGGUGAGAUGUCUUCCGUCUCAAAUGGAUCAAGAAAACCGUCUCUACAGGGCUCGUCUGUGGGUAUUGCAGGCAUCGGCGAGCACAGCGCCAACUACACAUCAAAGGUUUCCAAUGGCAGCGCUGACACGGAGUUUGAGCCAAGGAUCCAUGGCGAUACGCAAAGGCGCAAGUCAAAGGUUACCGACUCACCUGAGGACGUCUUCAUGAUAUCGCAAACAACUGCCUCUACAGACGAUGCGUAUCCAUCUCAACUCUCUUUCGCUUCCCAGUCUGACUCGGAUCAAAACGCUUCUUUCCAGCAGUCUACGGCCCCUGACGAGGCUGUGCCCAACAGUGCUGACGGUACGAGCAGUCCGGUUGCCAAAUAUUACAACGACCCCAGUCCUUAUGUCAUCGAAGCCGAUUAUUUACCAUGGCCUGAUGACCCUGACUUCCUCAACAUGAAGGGAGACAAUACAGUACCAGCUGCUCUUGACCCAUAUCUUUUGCUCAAGAGGGCCUUUGAUUUCGAAUGCCGCUCCUCAGCAGUCAAUGCGGCUGCCAUGGUGCUUCUUCUGCGGCCGCUACUGCCGGACGACAUCAUCGAUACGCACCUGGCGCGGGGCAUCUUGCGACAACAUCACCAGCGGCUGAUGCGCAUGGGUUUAUUCGUGGAGGCGUCUUUUUUGCGCAAGAUGUGCAUCCGAGGCUGGCCUGAAGGCAUGCCUGAAUGGGGCGAGAAUUACACCGCCAUCUUUGGCCCUGCGCAGCAAGGCGUCAAGACUGGGCUGUUUUGCUCCGCAUGCCGAAAGCCACGCGAAGUUGAUCCGAGCGGAGGCCGCGACGCCGUCUGGACCUGCGAACGCUGUCGCGCCGUCAUGGCCCCGUGCGCCGUCUGCAACCACCGCGACGCAGAACUCCCCGCCCAUGUCCCCGGCGACGAUGUCGAUACAUCGGACGCAGGAUCGAGCCAGUGGGCUUCCAACUGGUGGUGGUUCUGCCCCGGCUGCGCGCACGGUGGCCACGCGUCCUGCCUGCAGAUAUGGCACGGCGCCAUGGAGGCCGACGACCCCAACUCGCAGCCGACCAAGUACAGCGGUGGCUGCUGCCCGCUCGACGGCUGCGGCCAUGCCUGCCUGCCGGGCAGGUACCGCGGGGAGGUGGUGACGGCGCGCGCCGACGAGCUCGGCCGCGCGGCGCUGGAUAGCACCCGCGCCGUCCGGGACGAGCUGCGCGGCGGCGGCGCGGCGGGUAGUCGGCGCUCCAGCCCUGGCGGGCGCGAUCGCACGGUGCGCAGCGACAGCUAUGACGUACCGCAGAGUAAGGCCGUCGGUAUGGCGCGCGAGGCGCUCAACAAGAGCGGCUCGCCCAGCUCGGGAGGCAUUCUGAGCUCGAGCCCGGGCCGGGUGCCGGGGACGGGUGAGCGCGAGCGGCGCAAGAGCGUCAAGUUUGUCAAUCGGUGA